CGCGCUGGUUGGACGUGCCACACUGAGCUGCUUCACAGUGCCACACUCGAAGGCGGGCAGUGCCACACCUCUCUCUAGCCUUCCGUCACUAUGGCUUAGACGCCCCACACGAAGGCUGUCUUUCCAGCCUCACGAAGCACGAAUCAGGAUCAAUAUUUCUUGUGUGUUUUUCAUUUGUUUGUUUUAAAACAUGGUUUUAAUGCUUCUGGGGAAAUUAGUCAAAAUAAAACCAUAUGUGAUGCCAUAAUUUUUGAUUGAUGUAAUUGAAUUUACUUAAAAAUACGUCUAAAAUCACUACUAAAGGAUUGUAAAAUGAGCUAAAUUAGUUAUGGAACGUAGAAAAGUGUUGAGAACGAAGGGAAAUAGCCAGUAGAUUUCCCAGGGUGUAACUAUACGUGCUAUAAUCGUGUCAAUGAUGAUGGUGAACGGUGAGGGGCACUUCCCUGACGAUAGCAGUUUGCACAGCCACGAUCAGUAUCAGGAUGCUACAGCCUCACAGGAGAGAGAGGUGCUCUCUAAUUACUCGCAGGUGUACGCUACCUUCGUCGUGUGUCUAGUGACGGAAUCUGAGAGGCUUAACCUGACGCUCGGGGAGGCUUUCUGGCUCCCCAUUCUCUACGAUUCCUUUGGCAUCCCUCACAAUACUACGACAGUUGUUAGUCACACAAGUGGUUACGUGAGUAAUGGUGAUCAAGUGGACACCACCACAGUUUCUCUGGAAACUACCUCAUCUCUGAGUGCUACCCCUUCCUUCGGUACUGAAUACCAAUGGGACUACGACCAUUCGUCAGUGCAGGUGAUCCAAGGUAUCAUAGACCAUUGUUCCUACCUCACACCAGUGACGGCCACACCUCGCCCCUAUUUGCUGGUAUGGUGGCAGCAGUUCCUCUGGACGCUCGUCUUCGGCGCUAUGAUGGCCAUGGCCGUAGGGGGUAACUCACUCGUUAUGUGGAUUAUAUGUGCGCACCGACGCAUGCGCACGGUCACCAACUACUUCCUCAUGAAUCUGAGCGCUGCGGAUCUCUUCAUGUCUGUCCUCAAUUGCAUGUUCAACUUUAUCUACAUGUUGCACAGCGACUGGCCCUUUGGUGCUGUAUAUUGCACCAUCAGCAACUUUAUGGCCAACGUGACGAUCUCCGCCAGCGUGUUCACCUUAAUGGCUAUAUCCUUCGACAGAUAUAUAGCAAUAGUCAAGCCUCUGGAACCACGAAUGUCCAAAACAGUGGCACGAGUGUUUAUUCUAGUAAUCUGGACAUCUUCAAUGGUCCUCGCCUUGCCUUGUCUCCUGUAUUCCACGACGGUUUCUGUCACGUAUAAAGACGACGAGGUAAGACGAGGAUGCAUCUUGCAGUGGCCAGAUGGACAGACUAGCAGCUCCCAGCACGAGCACAUAUACAACAUCGUCUUUUUCAUCACCACCUACCUGCUGCCUAUGCUGGUGAUGCUGGUAUGCUACUACCUCAUCGGGAGAGAGCUGUGGGGAAGCCGGAGCAUCGGUGAGCUUACAGACCGACAAGUGACCAGUAUCAGAUCCAAGCGAAGAGUAGUUAAGAUGUUUAUCAUCAUCGUAACCAUGUUUGGGUUGUGCUGGCUGCCACAGCAGGCGUUCUUCCUGUACACCUUCCAUAACUCUCAGAUCCUGGGCACAGCGUACAUACAACACAUCUACCUGGCCUGCUACUGGCUGGCUAUGGCCAAUGCUAUGAUCAACCCCGUCAUCUAUUAUUGGAUGAAUGCCAGGUUCAGGUCGUACUUCAGGGAGGUGGUGAUGAAAUGCUUGUGCCUCAAGUGUCCUCGUCGUACUUCUAGUUAUGAUGGUUCGCCACAACUACAGCGGAGAUACCCCCCCUGUGACGACCCUUCCUCUCGCUCACGGUCUGAUUCCCGCCAGGGGGUGAACGGUACUUUAAGAACCAACCCGGGAUCACUACGUUCCAACAACCCCAACCACCUUGUUGUGUACUCCUCGAGGGAGCGACUGAAUGCACGCAAUGGUGUAUUUGGUUGUGCCUCUGUUGGUCGUCGCCGUGGGGCAGGAGGAGGAGGAAGCGCAUGUAAUGUGUACCAUCACUCACUGAGGCCAGCGUUCCUGAACAGCACACUCGCGAUUCCUCAGAUGGAGAACAACAUCCAAAGCGUGCCUCUCAGCAGUGAUCCUGGAAAUCCUCAGCUCGACACCCACACAGAGACAGUACCUCUCACUACCGUCAAGCCAAACAUUGUUUCGGACCACUUGAACUUCCGCGCUGCCAAUUUCUUACAGAGCCAACUGUGAGUCAACCUCUGCCGUUAUAAGGUGAUGCAAUGACCUUUACUCCGAUUCCACUCCUGGAGUGGGAACUCCCUUCGCACUCGGGCAAAAGCUUCAUUGAGAAAUAUCAUCAACUCAAUCCUGGCAUUUUGGUCCAUGUGCAGUGUCAUUCAUAACACUCUUGAAAAAUCAGCCUUUCCCGCAGAACUUCCAGGACAAUCGAGAACUUUUUGCUAUACUUCUCAACCCCAUCGUGUGUAUAAAUAUAUCAGUGUAAAUAUAUCAUGAUACUACACUCAACAAUCUCUGUUAAACCUAAGAAAAAAAGUCUAUGGUGAAAUUUGCAUUAACACAACAGAGAGCAAUAGUGAUUUUCAUUAUUACAUGUAUUCCGUCCAUCAUGAUUCUUGGAGUAUAUUUUUUUCGUACCUACAAAUGCCUUAGGAGCAAAUGUUUCCCCAGCUUCAUAUCAUCCCACAUUCUCCACGUCCAUACUCACACUUCUUUGGAAAAGAGAAAGGGAAGUAUAUCUUUUUGGUGCUGGAUGAGCUGAUGAGGAGGUAGAAAGGGGGACAAAUGUGCUGUCAGCAGCAUGAUGUCUCGUUGCUGUAUCCAGUUGCACUGGACUGUAUUAAUAGGAAUCCGCGCUACAAUACGUUAUGUUUAUUAAGUAUUUUUCUACAUCGUACAUCCUUCCGCUUCCAGUUUCCAUUACACUCUCAGUUCGUAGGCUAAAUUAUGACAAAUAAUUUCAUUUGGUAUGAAAAUCUCAAUUCACAAAAGAAAAUAACGUCACAUGUGUUAGAUAAAUUACUGGCCAAACGUAAUUUGAAAAGAUUGCUUUUUUCUGCAUGGCUUAUUGUGAAAAACACCGACAGUGGUAGUCAGAGACAUUUAAAUACAUUCAGUAACAGAACAAAGAUGAGCUUUAAUGUGAAGUAUAAUGAGACUUAGGAUGGUUUGUAGUGAAUGUUCAUACCAAAGACUGAUUUACCCUGAUACUAUGCCGACAAUCUUGUUAAAUAUAUUACUUAAUUAUGUUCUUUGGUCAGCCUCAUAAUCUCAUGAAAACUGGCUUGAUUAUGUGAGUUGUUCCAGACGGAUCCUCUUCCCCACUACUUAAUAUAAAAAAUGUCUCCAAAUGUUUCUCCGGCUUAUAUCUAUUGUGAAUUUUCAUUUAUGUUCCACUGUGGUUUUACUCACACUGUCUUUGUCUAUAUUAUCUAAUUCUGUAUCCUGUAUUCCGAUCGUCUGUCCUGUUUUGUAGCUCUUAUUUUCUUGUUCAUGUGCUAAAUAUAAUGCAAAUCUUUGGUAUUUUUUUAGUUUCAUUAGUUAUAAUUAGAUGCUGGCUUCAAGACGGCGCAGUGUAUUCUAGGAUUGCGCUUACCCAUGUUGUGUAUAUUGAAGAAAAAAUACAGAUGCAGAGUAAGCUUUUACUGGGACAAGCUUCUACCU